AUGAACAAAAGUCGGAAAAAGAAACUAUACGAUUUAGAUGCUGUUUCAGUAAUUAAUGUUAUGGAGCAGGAAACCUUGAUUAAUGAUAAUAGUCGGCAACAGGGGAGUGAAGAUAUACCUGGAUCUGUGAAAGUUUCAGACAUCAAAAGUGUCGUUAUUGAACAGUUAACAAAAAAAAAAUUAAACGACGUUUCAGACAAAAAAAUACGAAAGAAAAAAUGUACCGGUGACGUUAAUAGUUAA